CACUGGGCACUCGCACAACUAACUUGAGAGCCACGCUGGCAGCUUAGGUUCUCCCCGGUGACUUGGCGGGCGCGCUACCGCUACGCCUAGAGGGUGGGCGUGGCAGUCGGCUACAAAGCACCGCACCCGCGGCGCGCCGCCGGGGUUCCGCUUCCGCUUCAUCCAUCCAUUCCAACCAGAGGGCAAGAGCUCGAGAGGGAAGGGGGAGAAGAAGGAAGAAGGAAGAAGCAGGGACGAAAGCCCGGGUGCGUGAGAUCACGGUGGAGGGAGAUGAUGCAGGUCUUCCUGAAGACGGUGACGGGGAAGACCGUCAUCCUCGAGGUCGAGAGCAGCGACACCAUCGCCGCCGUCAAGGCGAAGAUCCAAGACAAGGAAGGUAUCGCCGUGGAGGAGCAGCGGCUCAUCUUCGCAGGGACGCAACUGGAGGACGGCCGCACCCUGGUCGACUACGACAUCCGUAAGGAGUCCACGCUUCACCUGGAGCUUGGCCUCCUCGGCGGCGCGUACGUCGCCUGGUGGAUCUCACCAAAUCUCCGAGCCCUCGCGUACAAGUACAACGUCAACAAGAUGAUAUGCCGCAAGUGCUAUGCUCGCCUUCCUCUUGGGGCCAAGAACUGCCGCAAAAAGAAGUGUGGCCACAGCAACCAGCUAAGGCUAAAGAAAUGCAGGGACAGGCACAGGUUUUAUCAAUCAACUUACUAAGUUCUACCAAGGUGUAAAGUUCCUUCCGGAUAUUGAAGAUGUUCUACGCUUUUGAAUUGUGGAUACUGAAGAUGGGCUAGGCUUUUGAACUGUAGGGUUAUGUCGAUAGCAUGGUUAAGAAAUGCUACUAGUUAACAUGGUAUAGUUCAACACUUGAACUCAUCUCUUGGCUGAAAUGAACACUUCCCAGCUCUGCAUGCUGCUACAUGCCUACAUUUUCUAUCUCUAGAAGAUGCUGCUGAAUGCUGAACUCUGGUUACUCUGUUGAAAGUUGUGGCUGCCUCCUCAGUUAAUUGUUAACAUUUGAUGCUCGUAUGGUUGUUCUCUACAAACUAUGAUAUGCGUGCUGUCACGUGUCAUCUUGUAUGGUCCAUUAUGAUAUAUUUCCA